AGAACACCUCGAGCAUCCAGAGAGUGUGUGCUCGUCCUUUUCAGGAGUCACUUGCUGCAGACACUUAACAAAAGCUUGGAUUGUGGAUUCUGUUGAAGGCAUGCUUUUCCGUGAUAGCAUCAUCUUGGCUCCUUGGUGGAUCCUUUGCUUGACACACAUCGACCAAGCUGAGGAGCCUUCCAGAGAUGAUGUUCUACGGUGGUUCCAAGGUCGCAUUCUGGACAGUUUGGGGCUGCAGGGGCCGGUACCACAGCGGCCUGACGCGGGAUCCGUGCAAGCAAUACCUCGGAGGGUUCUGACAACCAGUCAGAGACAGCAGGCAGACCACCAAAGCCAACCGAGCUUGAAAACAUCCCAGAUUAUUCUCUUCCCCGUUUCUGACUCAUCGUGUCGUGGAUCUGACCAGAGUCAGUUCACAUAUUACUUCCAGCCGUCUGCCAACUUCCAGCGUCCCACAUUGACCCACUUGUGGUUCUAUGCAGGUGAAGGAGGCACAGACAACUCCUCAGCCGUUCUCACCUUGCGCACAUCUGAUGGGAAGCUUCUCCAGGUGGUGAAUCCUCCGUCCAUGAGCCGCCCAGAUGGAUGGAUGACCUACGUCCUCAAUCAGACUUUGGUGACGGGCCCCAUCCUACUCCAAGUACUUUGUCCAGAUUGUCAUCGUCACACCGAGGAGACAGACAAGAUGCCCUUUCUCCACCUGCGUGCUCAAGCAGGCCCACCCCGGCCCCCCAGGAGCGUGCCAGACCGCAUCCCGUGGUCCCCAUCAGCAAUUGACCUACUCCAGCGCCCCUCACAAGAGAGGCCAAAGGAAAGUGACUGCGGCCGAGCUGAAGUACAGAUCAGCUUCCAGGAGCUGGGCUGGGACAAUUGGAUUGUACACCCCAAGGUGCUGACCUUCUAUUACUGCCACGGAAACUGCUCUGCCUCCGAUCGAGCCGGCACCAUUCUCGGGAUCACGCAAUGCUGCGCCCCAGUCCCCGAAAGCAUGAGGUCCCUGCGCAUCACCACGACAUCUGAUGGCGGCUACUCGUAUAAGCAUGAGACUCUGCCUAGAAUUAUCCCUGAAGAAUGUACCUGCGUCUGAAGAUGAAAGGGAUCAUCCUGUUUAUGUUUUUUUACAAUUGUUAUACUAUUUUUAUUUACUGCACAAUUUUUGGAGCUGUAAUGACCAAAUAUCUCAUUGUCAAUGUGUAUUAUCAGGAUAUUUUGCUUAUUUACAGAUUUUGUACACACGUUCCUUAAUCUUAAUAUAAAAGGUUGGCGAUUAUAUAAAAAUAGCCAAAAGCUAUUUUUCUUACUAGAUUGGUCUUACUAGGUUGGCAACAGGAGCCGAAAUUUCCAGUUCUUCUCCAGCAUUUAGUGUAAAGGUUCGACUCCCGUGAAAGAAUCCGUCUCACGGUUUACGUUCAAAGCAGGUUUGUAGUUAUACGCAUGCGUACGAGCCGAGGCGGAGCCGAAAUUGCCAACUUAUGUAGCUUCUACUGUGACCACUAGAGGGCAGUGUAAGUUAACUUAACCACUUCUCAUGGCGCUUCGUUCUCGUUUCAAGCCCCUUUUGUCUUUUAACUGAA